AUGGAGAACAAUCCUCCCGUGACGAACCCUACGUCACCACUCCAUCCACAUUCCGCCUUCACAAAACGGAAGAAGAAAUCGAGCAUAUACAUUCUAUACAUCAGUGGGCGUGGCAAUCUCCACGACGUCACCAUCACUCGUAUUACGACCAAGCUCUACUUAAAGAACCAGCAACUCGUAGUGGCUACAUCCGACGUGUUUGGUUGGGUUGUGGGCAGGAAGGUAGCUAUGGACGCUGACGCAGUCGAGGCCACGUUAAUGGCGCUAGCUGGGGACUUACGUAAGCUUCAUGUGGCACUUCUGGUCAAAACGUAA